GCUCUCAUCACUACAUCGCACCACUGCGGUAGGAGCUGGGAAGGCAGCAGCAGAGAGAGAGAGAGGGAGAGAGAGAGAGAGAGCGAGCGAACGAGAGAGACCCGGCAGACACACAGUUCACUUGUUCCUGCGCGACAAAAUCCAGGAGGCGAGUGUGUCUCUCUGCCGACUUUAUCACAGAGGAGGACUUUACCUGACAGGACAUAUAACAACAGCUCUCAGGGCAAAACCCUACAGCCCAGCGAGAGCGAAAGAGGGAGAACUUUUUGGCUAUUGCUCCGCUUGUUUUUUUUUUUUUUUUUAGUUUUUUUUUUUUUUAACCACAUCUCCGUAACCUUGGAAGUCAGACCUGUUCAUUGUGAGAGAGGAUGGGACCGCUACUCCUUUCCAUCGCCCUGUUUGUGAGCGCAGCUGUCCCGCAGCAUGUGAAAGCAGCAGAUGGUGAGGAACCAACUUCAGCAGGCCCCUGUCAUCCAAACCCCUGCCACAACAGAGGAACGUGCGAGAUCAGCGAGACCUACAGGGGCGACACCUUCAUUGGUUACGUCUGCAAGUGUCCACCAGGCUUCAGUGGAGUUCACUGCCAACACAAUAUUAACGAAUGCGAAAGGGACCCAUGCAAGAAUGGGGGCAUUUGCACAGAUCUGGUUGCCAACUAUUCCUGCGAAUGCCCAGGGGAGUACAUGGGGAGGAACUGUCAAUACAGAUGCUCCGGACCACUGGGCAUGGAGGGCGGUAUAAUCUCCAACCAACAGAUAACAGCCUCCUCCACCCACCGCGCUCUCUUUGGCUUGCAGAAGUGGUACCCGUACUUUGCACGCCUCAACAAGAAGGGCCUGGUCAAUGCCUGGACUGCUGCCGAAAAUGACAGAUGGCCAUGGAUCCAGAUAAACUUGCAGAGGAGAAUGCGGGUCACGGGCCUAAUUACCCAGGGUGCAAAGCGUAUCGGCAGCCCGGAGUACGUCAAGUCUUACAAAGUAGCCUACAGUGAUGACGGAAAAACCUGGAGAACAUACAAAGUCAAGGGCAAAGAUGAGGAUAUGAUUUUCAGAGGAAAUGUCGAUAACAACGCUCCAUCGGCCAACUCCUUCACCCCUCCCAUUGAAGCCCAGUACGUGCGCAUCUACCCCCAAGUCUGCAGGAGGCACUGUACCUUACGCAUGGAGCUGCUCGGCUGUGAGCUAACAGGCUGUUCUGAACCACUGGGAAUGAAGUCAGGCCAUAUCCAGGACUACCAGGUCAUGGCCUCCAGCAUCUUCAGGACGCUCAACAUGGACAUGUUCACCUGGGAGCCCGGGAAGGCCCGUUUGGACAAACAGGGCAAGGUCAAUGCUUGGACAGCUGGACACAGUGAUCAGUCACAGUGGCUACAGGUGGACUUGCUUGUGCCGACCAAGGUCACAGGUAUCAUCACCCAGGGAGCUAAAGACUUUGGCCAUGUCCAGUUUGUUGGCUCAUACAAAGUUGCUUACAGUAAUGAUGGAGAGCGAUGGAAUGUAUAUCAAGAUAAGAAACAAGGGAAGGACAAGGUAUUCCAGGGGAACUUUGACAACGACACACACAGAAAGAACGUGAUAGACCCGCCCAUCUACGCUCGGCUGAUCCGGAUCCUUCCUUGGUCAUGGUACGGCAGGAUCACUUUGCGUGUAGAAAUACUCGGAUGCACAGAGGAAGAGUGAAGUCCUUUCCUCCAUCUUUCUUGCCAUCGCCCCCUGUCCCUUGGCAUACUGGAGUCUCUCACCCAGUAUAUCAAAAAUAAACUGUGCAACCUGUAAAAAGAAAUUGAUUUCCAAUGGAAUUUUUCAAGAAUAAGUGUUUGGUUGUGGUGGGUUGCUGUUUGUUCUUUUGUACAAUGAUUUCAAACCUGCCCCUGAUCCACUUUUGUCUUUUAGUUUUCCUCUUUAAAGCGUGAUCUUUGUCUUUUUAUUCUUCAAGAUGUACCAUCCUGUUUGGAAUGAACUUCUGUAAUAUAUAUAUAUGGGAGGGGUGGGGUUAGGGGGGUGGAGUCGGAAGAGGGGGUCUCACUGUGGUUUUAACUUGUUGCCAUGGAAGCUAUUGUACAGUAUCACUUUUUAACAAAGAUGUGAAAUCUGUCUGCCGUGCUUCAUCGGACAUGAUUAACCAAUGUCAUACCAUAACUAAACUGUCUAAAAUAGAAUGUAGAGAUCACAUGUUAUCACAUUAUCGGAUAUAUUUUUACUUGGAUUACUACACUUCCUCAAGCCAUGCUUUUACCCUAAUGGACACUGGCAUUAUUACAUCAAUCAAAACACUAUUAAUGCUCUUGUAUUAUAUGUAAAAGACUAAGAAAUUGCAUGGUGCGUGAAUUAUAAAUGUAUACUAUGACAAAUCAUUUAAAACCUCUAGCCCUGAGAGCAAAUGGCUUUGAUUUAGGGACCUAUUUUUAUGUGCAUUUUUAAAUAGUUCUGAAACAUUAACACACACUGCAAAAGCUUGCUGGAGAUGACUGAUAUGUGAGACAACAGACAAAACACUGCAGUUUAGAAUGGUUCUGCAGCACUGACACUGAGGCUUAUAGGCUCUCUAGUAAAAUAUCCUAAUGCUCUCAUAAGGAGUUUCCAUUUUUUAUUUGAUUCUAUUUGAUUAUCGCUACACUUUUUCUAAGAUAUUUGGAAUUACUGUUUGUGCUUGUUCUUUUUUUUUGUAUUUAUUUAGAUUUAUUUGUCUCAGCUGUCAGUUGCAUACAAAUGUAUGUUUAAUGUCUUAGUGUUGUCUUGGAGAUCUAAGUUGAAUCAAUUAAAAAGCUCAGGAUAGAUGUCAUUUAUAGUAACCCACAAAUGUAUAAUUUUUGGCCACCUAUUUAAAGAUUUCUGUGUAUUAUUUAAAGAAAAUGUCAAAUGAGUGAGAGCAAUUAUUUAAAUCAUGUCCAUAUAUGCAUAAUUCAAAUAUUGAAAGCAGUCUUUUAUUUUUUUUUAUCCCAGAUAGAUUAUAAAUUUAUUAAUUUCUUUAUUUUCAAAAGAGAGCAAAUGUCGAAGAUUAAUAAUAUAUUAAUACGUGUCAUUAUCUCGAACCUACAAUGACGAUGAACCGUGGUAACAGUACAGAGCUUGAAAGUAAAUAUGGACUGUGACUUUCUUUCAAGGGAUUUAAUCUGGAUUAAAAUAAUACAGUAAUGAAAUGUUAAAGAACUUCUGGGUAUUUUCACAUGACAUGACAGCAGCUCGCUGCGUGUUCAGAUGGAUUCAGGGUGCUGAAAAUAUUUAGACACAUUAAGGUUGUGGGGGAUAAAGAUGCUGUUAUGCCAAUCACGUUGAAACCUUAUGCUAAUGCAGUUUUCAGUGUAUGGCUUCUGCUGUUGGCUGCAUCCCGCAGUAAAUGAACAGUGAUGCUUGGUUGGUUAAAGAAAUGGAAGUAAACAAGUACCCGAGGUACUGCAGCAGUGUCAAAACUUACAGCCCAUUCUACACGGCUUAAAAAUAGGCCUGGAUUACUCCUGUGGUUUCCACUCUUGACUAGUUUCCCCAAAGCUCUCAAGUGCUCCAAUAAGAGCUGAAAGGAGCCAUGUCUACUUUUAUGCUUUACUCGCGACCUGUCAGCUUUCAGUCGCUUAACUAACCAAUCAUUUCAUAUUGUAGGAAAACCGUGUUUCUGUUUUGAGACUGCAGCACAGCCUGAAAGAGAAAGUAAGACAUUUACAGGAAAUUCCGAAUUUAAUUUAAUGCACCUUUUCAAAUUUGCUUGCCUGACUACAUUAGAAAUACAACCGUGGCACUCUUAUUUUCAUCACUUUAUAUGUAAUGAAUAAAAAUGCAUUGGAAUCAAACACUGAUGGACUUACUCCUACGUCCAAAAUGAUGAAAAGCACAGCAAGAAAACAUCAAGAAAUGUGUCACCGUCCAAAUAUUUUGGAGCUUACUUUGUAUUGUUGUGUUCUAGGGCAUUUUCAGCCGUCAUGCCAUCAACAUGGUUGUUGUUGUAGUUGACAAGUAACCGUAUGAAGUCUGAAAACAAAACACAAGUUUUGACUGGUAACUGGAACUGAGUAUAGCCAACUGUAUUCUGGUUUGGCAAAUUAUAUUAUGGUAUACAGUAUAUGAUACAGUAGAAUAUAAUGGUCCUGAUGUUUCUAAAGACAGGGAUAUCUUGGAAAGGUUUACUUUUGUUAUUGCCAAACUCAGUCAAAGACUUUACUGUAGAUUAUCAAUAUGUGAAAAUAGUUAUUGGUGUAAAUCAGUGACUGUCAUUCUUUCGGUUCAUGGACACAGAAUAAGCAUAAAUAGAUCAUGUCUCACCGAUUAUUUGUCUUGAACAUUUUCCAUUUUGAUUCUUCAGUUGCUUCUUUCCAAAUAGCUAUAUCUUAGCCAGAAUCUGCUCUGACGGAUCUGCGUAGUUCAUUUCCUGUGAGCUCUUAUCACAGAGCAGGCCGGCUACAAAGCUUUGAGGACGUUUGCAUGAUGUAUGAGUUUGAGCAGUACAGUAUAACAAAGAUGUCCACCGGCACAUUAUGUUCUUGCAUAUCAUAAAAGAUGUAAUAGCCUUUACUUUGUACUCACCAUUGAUUGUCUUGUGCAUUGUAAAACUUCAUCUCAUGGGUUAAAAAGGGGGCGCAAAGUGGAAACUCAUCCUGUCUUUGUAUCUCUGCGUCAGCUGUUCACCUAUUAUUUCUUACCUCCUCAGUCUGAGUGUCAAUCACUAUCUAGAAAAACGCACCUAUUAUAAUGCUGGUUAGGUUUGAGCCUGCAGAGGAGAGUGAGAAGCUGUGUACAGUCAAAAAAAGAUGUUGCUUCAAAAUAAAAGCUCUUUCAGUUUGACAAAUAAAAACAUAUCUGUGAAAAUGA